CAAAGACUUUUUCAUCCGUCAUGCACUUAUCGCACCAUGACCCAGCUUCGGGGUUUGGUUUCCGACCCCACCUUUCGAUAAGGUUCCACGCAAUGGAGGGGCAGCGCCCCAGAGACGGCUUGUUGCCGGCACCGGGCCGCCCGUCUUGAUCGUCAUCCGCGCCGAUUUGUCGUCGGUGACUCUUCAUUUUCCCUUUCUAUAAUACACCUCGCCUAAAGGUUUCUCCCCUGAACCUUAGAUCUCAAAUUCCUCCAGUUGAUUAGACCUCAUCCCGUUUCUCGCCAAUUUGUCCUAGGACUCUUGUACACCCCUAGUUAAGAGACCCUGAAGCCCCUCUUCCUCCUUCGCACUUAAAAAAUAAACACAAUGGCUGGAGAUAUCCCCACGAACGGCGACACGGCGAUCCGGGCCGCUCCCGGGUCCGGCUCCGAAGCCCCGACGACGGACAAGAAAGAGCUUUCGCUUGCCACUCUUACCGUCCACGCCGAUGAUGGCAUCAGCAGCCACCGCGCCGUCGCGCCGGCGAUGCAUGUGUCUACCACGUUCAAGUAUCACAGCAACCCGGAUGAGCUCCGCCCAGGGGACAAUGUCGAUCCCUCCGCCCCGGGCGACUCACACGUCUACUCCCGCUACUCGGGCCCCAACACAACCCGCCUCGAAGCCAUCCUCUCCAGCGUGCUUCACGGGCCGACCUUGACCUACUCCUCGGGCCUCUCCGCCUUCCACGCCAUGCUCGUGUUCUUGAACCCGAAGCGCGUGGCUAUCGGCGGCGGGUACCACGGCUGUCACGGGGUGAUCAAGGUCCUUACGAAACUUAACGGCCUGCAACAGCUCGAGCUCGACGACGCCUCGCUGGAGAAGCUGGAGAAGGGCGACGUGCUGCACGUCGAGACGCCGCUGAAUCCGACGGGGGAGGCGAGGAAUCUGGCUUAUUAUAGAGAGGUGGCUACCCGCAAGGGAGCGUAUUUGACGGUGGAUGCUACGUUUGCGCCGCCGCCGCUGCAGGAUCCGUUCGUGUUGGGGGCGGAUGUGGUGAUGCAUUCUGGGACAAAGUAUUUUGGGGGCCAUUCGGAUAUGUUGUGCGGGACGCUGAGUUUGAAUCCCAAGUGGGGGGAGGCGUGGAUGGCGGAGUUGCUGAUGGAGAGGUGUUUUAUUGGGAGUGUGAUGGGGAGCAUGGAGGGGUGGCUUGGUGUGAGGUCGUUGAGGACGCUGGAGUUGAGGGUCAAGAGGCAGUCCGAGUCCGCGACGAAGCUGGUUGCGUGGCUUGAUGGGGAGAUUCGCGGGAAUCCGGGGGGGUUGGUGGCGAGUGUCGUGGACAAGGUCCAGCACGCGAGUUUGCAGAGCAAGGAUUUGGAGGGCGGGGAGGAAGGGUCGUGGUUGAGGAAGCAGAUGCCGGGCGGGUUUGGGCCCGUGUUUGCGUUGUUGUUGCGGGAUGAGGGGGAUGCGAAGAGGUUGCCUAGUAAGAUGGGGUUGUUCCAUCAUGCCACGUCGCUUGGGGGUGUUGAGAGUCUGAUUGAGUGGCGAGCGAUGAGCGAUAGUGGGUGUAGCAAGAGGUUGUUGCGGGUGAGUGUUGGUGUGGAGGGGUGGGAGGAUUUGAGGGAUGAUUUGGUUCAAGGGUUUGAGGCGUUGGUGGAGGAGAAGAAGAAGAGGGUUUAAGGGGGUGAUGUGUGAAGGCUUCAUUCGAUGAUUUGAUAGCAGUCGAUACGGUGCUGCUUAGAUGGGGGACCAUGAUAGAGGGUCUCUGCCUUGAGAAUAGAUGGCUGAAGAAAGAUUCAUGCUGUGGUCUCUGUUCAUGUUUGCAAGCCUUCUUAGGUGGUGAGUAACUGAGUAUAUUAGACGCUGAUUCCUCGUGAACUCACUACUCUUGAAUGUAUUUUUAGUCACAUAUGACUUGUUUCCUUCUACUCGCCUUCACGAAAAGUUAU